AUGGCCGGCAAUAAAAAGAAGAAGAAGCCGGCUUCGAACCCUGCACGAGGAUUUGCGACCACGUCUAUCGCAGCGAAACCACGACCUGAAGCGACCGAGCUUGAACUUUCCGCGCCAACCAAUGCCCCUCUAGAUAAACAGGAUACUCCUCCGCAGACCGUUGAGGCACCCAAGGCAGACGGCAACAACACGACGGAAACGACACUGAGUGCCGAAGAAUUUGAACGGCAUCUUGAAGAGUCUGAGCUGCAGCUCUUGGUGGAAAGGUUAGCUCAGAAAUGCAGACGCGAUGCGGCUCGGCAACGCAACCGUCUGGAGACGGACCGGAGGCUGCUUCGAAGCCAGGCAGAGCCAGUCAACAGCGUAAAGUGGUUCAACGCCGAGCUUAUGGGCCAUAUUCAAGAUCUCAUUUCUGGCGAAACCCGGUUUUCUGUUUCUAGCCUAUCAGCAGAAAGCCAUGCGGUUGGCAAAAUGCCGUCAGAGGAGGAAAUGGUUGCCCGCCUGUGGACACUUCAACUUACGCUCCAGUCCGCUGGCUUCCAAGAGAAUCGUGUCCGCUCAACUCUAAAACAUGUUCUCGAUAUAACACCAAGUAUAUCCCCUCCCGGGAAAGAUCUCAUCUGGGGGCUGGAAGAGUCACUCGACUGGCUAGCGCGCGAAUGUGACAUGGAUGAAUUGCCGGCUUAUGAGAACAAGCACAAGGUAGUUUCGAAAGGAGAGACACCAAGCGAUAGUCCAAUACCUUCGAGACCUGCGACACCCAAGCCUAGUCGUCAACCGAUUGGUAGAGGUACUGAUGGACGAGACCGAAAGAUGCAGUCACCCGUGAGAAAAACGAUUGGCACAUGCGAUAGCGAUAUCGAACCCGACGAGUUAAUACCCGAAUACAUUCUCGCCAAAACAAAACUCUUGGAGCUCACUAGAAACCCAGCAGCUGGUGCUGAAGACAACUCAAUGGCGAUGGCAAAACUGGAAGCAAAAAUUCAGAUGAUCGCAAAUGACGUUUUGUUUGACAAGCCAAGCGCUGAAGUACAAUGGCGGGCAAAGAAGAUUCUUGUGGAACAGCAGCUGGCCGCCACAAAAAAACAGAUCGAAGCGGAACGCGAACAUGCAGUGCCCAUAGAGCCCCCAAAACCAGAUGAACCCACAGAAGACAGUGUAAAUGAUGAAGCUGAGCGAAUUGCGGCGCAAAUUCUUGGGCAGGGCGAAGAAAUGGACGAUAUUGGAGGAUUGUUUGACUCUCUGCCGCAAAAUGAGGUAGACCCCGCGACAGGCAAGUCACAAACAGUCAUAAACAGCGCCAACGGUGUGAAGUUGGUGCUUAAAGACUUCGGCAAAUGGACGGGAUUGGGACCCCGUCGUAUCUUGGAGGAAGCAUGUCGAUCAAGGGACACGACCGUCAAAAUUCAGUUCAAAGUCGUCUCCGAGGCUUCGUUCGCAAACCAGCAAAGUUUAGACAUUUGGUGGAAUAAGGCCCAAGAGCCGCCUCAACCAGUAUCAACAACGCUUGUGUCGAUAGAUAUAUUGCCCGUCCAUUUCUCUUUCACAAUGGCUGGAGUCGCCACCCAUGAUGCCAAACAAUCUGAAGCAUACAUUUCUACUGUGGCUUUAUUCCAUAUAUUUAGCAACAACGCGAGAGAAGAGAAGGUCAACCUACGACUACCACCAACCUGGAAAGAUCUCUGGUCGGAGUUGGCGGAAGCCAAGAAGAACCACGCAGAUGCUGCAGAUCGAGUCGUGGUGAAAGAUUUACGAAGCUUGGUACGAGAAAGACUUGAUCAGGAGUUGGAAGAUGGCGUCAUCAUACAAGGCGCCUUCCGCGGACGUGGAAAUAUCAAGCAACAAUCCGAAGUGACUGACCAGAAUGGUCACCGCACGAAGCAAGCAAAUGGCAACGCUGAUCUGCUGAGAAAGCUAUGGGCGGAUAAAUCCGGCACUCCAAAGUUCCGGACCAUGUUGGCAUCCCGGAUGCAACUCCCCAUGUGGAAUUUCAGAUCUCAGGUUUUGGAUGCUAUCGCAAACAACCAAAUCGUCAUUGUGUGCGGUGAGACUGGAUGUGGAAAGAGUACACAGGUUCCAUCGUUUAUUCUUGAGAACGAGUUAUCCAGUGGAAGAAAAUGCAAGAUUUAUUGCACUGAACCCCGCCGAAUCUCUGCCAUCUCGCUGGCUCGUCGCGUUAGUGAAGAGUUAGGCGAGAACCGCAAUGAUAUAGGAACAAAUCGCUCACUAAUCGGCUAUUCAAUUCGACUUGAAGCUAAUGUGUCGAAGGAGACCAGGUUGGUGUACGCAACUAUUGGUAUUGUCAUGCGUAUGCUCGAGGGCUCAAACGACCUGAAGGAAGUUACACACUUGGUUCUGGACGAAGUCCACGAACGUUCAAUUGACAGUGACUUCCUUCUAAUCGUCCUCAAGCGCUUGAUGGUUCAAAGAAAAGAUCUUAAGGUCGUUCUGAUGUCUGCCACUGUCGAUGCAGAUCGAUUUUCGGCGUAUUUGAGCAACGCCCCAAUACUCAACGUCCCUGGUCGAACGUUUCCUGUCGAAGUCCGCUACCUUGAGGACGCCAUUGAGCUCACAGGCUAUACACCUCCAAACUCGGCUGGUGACAAGAUGGUGGAUCUGGAUGAUGAUAUCGGAGAAGUUGAUUCCGAUGCACCCAAGAGUGACAUAUCUCAAUCUCUCGCUGCAUACUCCCCCAAAACGCGCAGCACGCUUUCCCAGCUAGAUGAGUAUCAAAUCGAGUUUGAUCUUAUCGUACAGCUCAUCGCUCGUAUUGCCACGGAUGAAGAAUUGCGGAAUUUUAGCAGCGCUAUUCUUGUUUUCCUCCCUGGCAUCGCCGAAAUACGAACCCUGAAUGAUAUGCUUCUUGGCGACCCCCGAUUCGCCAAAGAGUGGCUCGUGUAUCCUUUGCAUUCUACCAUCGCAACAGAUGACCAAGAGUCGGCAUUCUGCAUACCUCCCCCUGGCACGCGAAAAAUUGUGCUGGCAACCAAUAUCGCUGAAACGGGCAUCACUAUUCCAGAUGUUACUUGUGUCAUCGACACUGGCAAGCAUCGUGAGAUGAGAUUCGAUGAACGGCGUCAGCUUUCAAGAUUGAUUGACACAUUCAUCUCAAGAGCCAAUGCAAAGCAGCGGCGCGGUCGAGCGGGCCGUGUUCAAAAAGGUCUCUGCUUUCAUAUGUAUACUCAAUUCCGACAUAACAACCUUAUGAGCGAUCAGCAAACCCCGGAGAUGCUUCGUUUGUCGCUGCAAGACUUGGCAAUUCGCGUCAAGAUUUGCAAGAUUGGCGGAAUUGAGGACACAUUAGGAGAUGCGCUGGAUCCUCCCUCCGCAAAGAACAUUCGCCGCGCCAUCGAUGCGUUGAUAGACGUACGCGCGCUUACCCAGGGUGAAGAUCUGACGCCACUGGGACAUCAACUUGCACGUCUUCCAUUGGAUGUGUUUCUCGGAAAAUUGAUCCUGUUCGGGACAGUCUUCAAGUGCCUGGAUGUAGCACUCACGCUAGCUGCCAUCCUCUCGUCUAAGUCGCCCUUCUCUGCCCCGUUCGGACAACGCGCACAGGCAGAUAAUGCUCGCGCAGCUUUCCGACGAGCGGACUCGGACCUUCUUACAGUGUAUAAUGCAUACUUGGGAUGGAAAAGGACAUGCCAAUCAAACAGCGGUCUGGGAAAAGAAAUGCAGUUCUGUCGCAAAAACUUCCUUAGCCAACAAACCCUUUCAAAUAUUGAAGAUUUAAAGGGCCAGCUUCUAGUCUCCCUCGCAGACUCCGGCUUCCUUCCGCUCACUGACGAGGAACGAAAGGCACUUUCACGGCAGCGCUUCUCCGGAGGGCGUGGUCGUCGGCAGCAACACUUCUUCGAAAUUCCUGGGCGGGUCAAUAUGCAUAGCGAUAACAAUGUAGUUUCUGCGUCAGUGGUCGCUUGGAGCUUUUAUCCCAAGCUCUUGGUGCGUGACACGCCUGGCAUGAAGGGUAUGCGGAAUAUUGGCAAUAAUCAGUCCAUCAGCAUACAUCCCUCAUCGGUGAACCGUGGCAACUCCGACAUCAAGUGGCUGUCAUACUAUCAUAUUAUGCAAUCCAAAUCAGUCUACCGAGCUCACGAGACCACGGCUGCGGAUCCAUUUGCCAUUGCUCUCCUUUGCGGGGAUGUUCGCAUUGAUUCUGACAAAGUUGAUUUGCGGAUGUUUGCUGGCGUCAUUGUAUUGGAUGGAAACAGAGGCCGUUUUGCAGUUCCGGAUUGGAAGACAUUGCUCGCCAUCAAAGUCAUUCGAACGAGAUUGCGAGAGCUUCUGACGCGCUCCUUCAAGCAACCCGGCAAGCUUCCCACCGCCCAGCACGAGAAGUGGCUUGACGUCUGGCAGCGACUCUUUACGCAAGAUUUUAACCAGGAAAAGUCUAUUGGAGUGUUGUCAAAGGCGUAA